UUUCCAGCCCCUUCUCUCUCCGACAAUAUCACCGCCGGCAAGAAACUCGAGUUUGAAUCGGUUUGGAGCAUCGCCGGAGAUUUCUAUCGUAAUCAAGGCAGUUAGUUUUCACGGUGUAUAGAAGAAACAGCUGAGCGAGAAAGGCGGUCGAGAGAGAGAAGAAGAGGAAGAAGAUAAAAAAAAGUCGUCGAUGACGGUGAAACGGAGUCGUUUUGGUUCUUCUGACCGGCGGUACUCACUCCUCAACUCUUUAUUGGAGUAGGUGCCUAGUACCGUCGAGAGGAGAGAAGAAGGAAGUGUUGUGAUGGGGAAGGUUGCGGUUGCGUUUGCGGCGGCUGCGGUUUUAGUGUCUUGCUCCGUGGCGGCGGUGAUGGUGGGGAGGAGGAUUAAGAGUCGGGCGAAAUGGAGGGCCGUGGUGGAGAUUUUGAAGGAGUUGGAGGAAGCUUGUGAUACUCCGGUGGGGAGGCUGAGGCAAGUGGUGGAUGCCAUGGCGGUGGAGAUGCACGCUGGGUUGGCUUCUGAAGGUGGCUCCAAGCUUAAAAUGCUUCUCACUUUCGUCCAUCAUUUGCCCAAUGGGACGGAGAAAGGAACUUAUUAUGCACUUCAUCUUGGAGGCACUUACUUUAGGAUUUUGAGGGUUCAUCUGGGUGGUGAAAGGUCUUAUCUAGAUGUUCAAGACGUUGAACGACACCCCAUACCUUCACAUUUGAUGGAUAGCACCAGCGAGGUUCUUUUCAACUUUCUCGCCUUUUCCAUGGAAAGGUUUAUCGAAAAAGAAGGAAAGGAAUCUAAUUCACAAGGUGUGAAAAGGGAACUGGCAUUUACGUUUUCGUUCCCUGUCAAGCAUUCUUCUAUAUCUUCAGGAGUUCUAAUCAAAUGGACCAAAGGUUUUGAGAUUAGUGAAAUGGUUGGGAAAGAUGUAGCUGAAUGUCUACAAGGAGCGAUGAACAGAAGAGGCCUAGAUAUCCAUGUUGCAGCUCUUGUGAAUGAUACUGUGGGAGCCCUGUCACUUGGAUAUUAUCAUGAUCCAGAUACAGUUGUUGCCGUUGUAUUUGGAACAGGUAGUAAUGCAUGUUACUUGGAACGCACUGAUGCCAUAAUCAAGUCUCAGGGUCUGCUUACCACUUCUGGAAGCAUGGUAGUCAAUAUGGAGUGGGGUAAUUUUUGGUCCUCACACCUGCCAAGAACUUCAUAUGACAUUGACUUGGAUGCAGAGAGUUCAAAUCCAAAUGAUAUGGGAUUUGAAAAGAUGAUAGCAGGAUUGUAUCUGGGUGACAUUGUUAGAAGAGUAAUCCGUCACAUGUCACAAGUCUCCGACAUCUUUGGACCCACCUCGUCCAUGUUAUCUGAGCCUUAUGUUCUAAGAACAAAUUCAGUUUCAGCCAUGCAUGAAGAUGACACACCCGAGUUGCAACAAGUAGCAAGAAUCUUGAAAGACUUGGGGGUAUCAGAUGUACCAUUGAAGGUGAGAAAACUCGUAGUGAAGAUAUGCGACGUGGUGACACGAAGAGCAGGGAGGCUAGCAGCAGCGGGUAUUGCAGGAAUCUUGAAGAAGGUAGGUCGAGAUGGUAGCGGAGGAAUCACGAGCGGGAGAAGCAGAAGCGAAAUGCGGAUGCAGAAAAGAACAGUUGUCGCAGUAGAAGGAGGAUUGUACAUGAACUACACCAUGUUUAGAGAAUACAUGGAAGAAGCUUUGGUGGAGAUAUUAGGAGAAGAAGUGAGCCAAUACGUGGUCGUUAAAGCCAUGGAAGAUGGUUCUAGCAUUGGCUCUGCCCUUCUCGUUGCCUCUUUACAGUCAUAAAUCAUCAUCAUCAAUUCAUCAUCGUUGUUUAUAUAAUUGGUUAUGUGCGUCUGUGCAGUGUGUGUGUGUGUGUAUAUAUUUAUUCAAUAUUUGUUUGUUAAUUAUUAUUGUUUUUUUUUUGUUCAAAUGUUAAUUAUUAUUGUUAUAUAGAAGCAUAUGCACAAGUUUCUGUGUAAAUGUUUAGGAAGGUUUUUAUGUAUUCUUUGUUUCUUUAAGAAAAGGAUAAUGUAAAGGUGAUGAUGAUAAAUGGAAUUUUCAUUUCUA